AUGAGCCCCACCACUGUAUUGAAGCGCCCGCAGCCUCCUUCUGCUUCCGCAUUGUCGGCUUCACCUAAAGCCGUCAAAAACAGCAAACCCCUCGCUAAUAGCUCGGCCGCUCUUCCAACCUAUGGCUGCGGUGGGUCUCCUAUUUUCUUUGGUCCACUAAAGCUAUCGUCGGCUUCAUUGGGCACAUCGGAAAACUAACUCCUACUCCUUGCCUCGCGCAAUAGAUCACAUCAAAAGGCCUCUCCUGAGCCCUAGGGAGGGUAGCAAGAUGAAAAGCCAUUACGGUGACGCCACUCGUGUGGCUUUGGAUUCGAGCCGGACACAUGCGCAAGCUUGUGCGAAAUGCAAGUUUCUCAUUACGAGAACCUUCCUUUGCAUGGAAUGUCCGAGCAUAUACUGCCCCAAGGACGCAGAAGCCCACUCCAAGGAAAGGCGUCAUCAUUUUGGUUGGCUGGACCCAGGCUCCCAAGUAUGAAGUUUAUUGCUUGAAUUCUGAUGUUAUUACUAGGUAUUGACUCGAGAAGCGGCCAUGUCUACUGCUUCCUUUGCCAGGACUUCGUGUAUGAUCCGAUAUUGGAAGAUAUUAGGAUGGAAAAGGAGGUAGCUAUGGAGGGGGGUGGUAUGUUAUCCUCUCUCCGUAGUUUUCACCUUCUACCACUUCACUUUGCGAAGGCUGAGUGACUUCUGGUGGCGCUAACGGGUUGAGCGUGUGUAGCCCGGAAAAGGAGGCGGUUGGAUGAUAUCAAACCCUCACCCGAGGACCUUAAAUACAUCGAGGCGCAUGCAACACUCGCGCCCUGCAAAGCUACAGGGCUCAGGGGGUUUCUUAACAUGGGCUCUACCUGCUUCAUGAGUGUUGUAUUGCAGAGCUUGAUACAUAAUCCACUUGUCCGGAAUUUCUACUUAGCAGAUGGCCAUAAGCCCAAGGAGUGUGUGCAAACCAACUGCAUGAGUUGCGCCAUGGAGGAAGUAUUUUCAGAGUUUUUUGCCGCAGAUAAGACGGAUGGGUUUGGGCCGGUCAAUCUUCUCACCACGUCGUGGAAGUGCGAGCAAGUAAGGACUUUGGUCAUUGUGGAUCUCGUUUUGUUUUGUUUGCUAACCAAUAUGUACCAACCUGAAAGACAUUAGCUGGAUAUCAACAGCAGGACGCUCACGAAUACCUCCAGUUUCUUCUGAAUCAGCUACAUGCAACCAAUGGUGGGAACUCUGAUACCAAGACGGAGCCGUGCAAAUGCAUUAUCCAUCGCGCAUUCUAUGGUAAACUCCAGAGCGAUGUGACGUGUGAAGGAUGUAAAAAUGUCACAACGGCCGUUGACCCGGUUAUGGACUUGAGCCUGGACCUGAGAAAAAAGGAUAAGAGGAGACUAGACGUCCCAAAGACUGAAGGGGAAGGGGCCAUGCAGACUCUACAAGAAUGCCUUGGGCGGUUUACAAGCACAGAAAAGUUGGGAAUGAACGAGUAUAACUGCGGAAAUUGCUCUGGACAUCAAGAAGUGGCUACAAAGCAGUUAACGGUCAAAAGAUUACCACCGGUACUAUGCAUUCAACUCAAGGUAAGUUUUUACAAUAAUCAAGUGAUCUUACGCUUUGGCGCUCACACUCUGGGAUAAGCGUUUUGAGCAUGGUUCCACAAAAUCAUCAUCAAAAAUUGAUACCAAAAUACGAUUCCCCAUGCAGCUGGACAUGACCCCUUAUACGACACGUGCGAAACGGAAAGGAAGGGAUGGUUCUACAGAUUGUGGUCCUAAAUCUAGCCUUAAAGGCCAUGGACCUUACUUAUACGACCUUCUCAGUGUUGUUGUUCAUACGGGCCAGAUAAACUCUGGCCACUAUAUAAGUUUUUCACGUGAAAACGGACAGGUUUGUCAUAUCAUUCUCCCACCAAAUUCCUGAAAAUACUCUACCCACGUCUUUCCCUCCCUUUUCUGCCAUAUCCCCCUCCCUCCCUCUCACCUGAAUAUCGUUUUCUUCUUCUGGUUCCUCAGUGCUCACAAGAAGGGUGCUUGCUUGUCUUUGCACGAGUACGAAGGGACAAAAGUGGUUUCGGUUUGAUGAUAGCAUGGUCACACUUGCCACCGAGAAGGAUGUUCUCUCAGCGAAGGCAUAUCUACUGUUUUACAUGAUCCGGAGCUUGAGC